UACGACGGCACCGCCUCCUGCAGCCGCCCAGGUUCCCAGACGGCGUCGCAGACGCAGCAACGCCCGGCCGAGGCCCCUUUAAGCGCAGGCCCCGCCCCGCCGAGCCCGUGCUCGGCCCCCGCUGCCACCGCCAUCAUGAUCUGCCUGGUUCUGACCAUCUUCGCCAACCUCUUCCCGGCGGCCUGCACCGGCGUGCACGAGCGCACCUUCUUGGCGGUGAAGCCCGACGGCGUGCAGCGGCGGCUGGUGGGCGAGAUCGUGCGGCGCUUCGAGAGGAAGGGCUUCCAGCUGGUGGCGCUAAAGCUGGUGCAGGCCUCGGAGGAGCUGCUGCGUGAGCACUACGCCGAGCUGCGCGAGCGUCCUUUCUACAGCCGCCUGGUCAAGUACAUGGGCUCGGGGCCGGUGGUGGCCAUGGUGUGGCAGGGGCUGGACGUCGUGCGCACCUCGCGGGCGCUCAUCGGGGCCACGGACCCGGCCGACGCCCCGCCCGGCACCAUCCGCGGGGAUUUCUGCGUCGAGGUCAGCAGAAACGUGAUCCACGGCAGCGACUCGGUGGAGAGCGCCCGCCGUGAGAUCGCGCUGUGGUUCGGCGCCGACGAGCUGCUGUGCUGGGAGGACAGCGCCGGGCACUGGCUGUACGAGUAGCCGGGCGCGGAGCUCUGAUGACUCGGCAUUGACUCCCCUCAGAACACCGGGGGGCGCAGACCAACCGGUCAAGCCCUCAGUGCUCGGAACGUCCUUCCUGCGGCAGGACCUCUGGCAGGCGGGUGGGUGCAAGUCCAGCAAGCCCCGCACCCGCUAGGCAAGAGCCCCUGCCUCACCGGCCGCAGCACACCUAGUGGCGCACCAGUGCAUCGACACUGGCUCUUGGCGGUCCGUUUCUUUUUAUAAUAAAU